UAACGUUUAAUAUUUUAAAAACAUGCUCAACUACAAAAGCCAGGGCAUCUAUUUUGACGUUGCCUCAUGCAGCAGUCAAAACGCCGGUCUUCAUGCCGGUUGGAACUCAAGGUACUCUAAAAGGAUUGCUCCCGGAACAAUUAGAAGAAUUAAACUGCAACAUGAUGUUAUCAAAUACAUACCAUCUUGGUAUGAGGCCGGGACAAGAUGUUAUUGAUAAAGCUGGAGGACUUCAUAAAUUUAUGAACUGGAAAAAUGGACUUUUGACUGACAGUGGUGGAUUUCAGAUGGUGUCGCUUGUAAAGAUUUGCUGUUGAUUUAGUUGUAUGUUCUGCAUUGGGCUGUGAUAUGUUUGACUGUGUUUAUCCAACAAGAACAGCUAGGUUUGGAACAGCCCUAGUCCCUGGUGGAGAAAUAAAUUUGAAACAUAAGGAAUUCUCUAAAGAUUUUAGACCUAUAGAUGAAAAUUGCAAGUGUCCUACGUGUGUACGAUAUUGUAGAGCCUACAUUUAUGAAACAAUUAGAAAAGAAACUGUUGCUUGUCAUCUAAUAACUACUCAUAAUAUUACCUAUCAGAUGAAUUUAAUGAAGUCGAUCCGAGAAAGUAUUCUUGAAGACAAGUUUCCUAAAUUUAUUGAGGAUUUUAUGCUGCAAAUGUAUCCUUCUAAAGAAUAUCCCAGAUGGGCUGAGGAUGCCUUGAAAGCUGUAAACAUUCAUCUUCCAGCUUAAAAAGGACCAUUGUUAUUAAAUAUUAUAUUUUUUCUACUGCCAAAGACAAGAACAUAAUGCAUUUUUGAAAAAAUGUUAUACUGUUUUUUAGAAUUUUUUAUACAUUUUAUUCCAUUGUUUGUGUUGCACAUUACUUAAUAUAUGUUAAUAACUUCAAAUUUGCAUAUUGACCAAUAAAGAAAAAAGACAAUAA